UAGUAGGCCAGUGUAGCCCUGGGUGCUUGUUUGCAGGAAAAUCACAUUUGGCAUGCCCUGUGGCCUGUGAUAAGGAAAUUAGUGUGAAUUUCACUGGAAGGAGUGUAAAUAUUUAUUGUUAAUUCAUCGUAUUCUAAUAAUGACGAGAACAAGUAUAGAUCUUGGCGAUGUUACACCACACAAUGUUAAGCAGCUCAAGCGACUGCAUUCGGUUGUUUUUCCCGUGGCAUACAAUGAUAAGUUUUACGUGGAUAUCCUGGAGGCAGGAGAGCUGGCCAAAUUGGCAUACUACAAUGAUAUUGUGGUGGGAGCGGUGUGCUGUCGUGUGGACACAUCGGAGAAUAUGCGCCGACUGUACAUUAUGACACUGGGAUGCCUCUAUCCGUACAGGAGACUAGGCAUCGGUACAGUUAUGGUCAAUCAUAUUCUCAAGUAUGUGGAGAAUGAUGGCAAUUUCGACAGUAUAUUUCUGCAUGUUCAGGUGAACAACGAGGGUGCCAUACAGUUCUACAAGAAAUUUGGCUUCGAAAUUGUGGAAACGAAAGAUUUCUACUAUAAACGCAUCGAACCGCCAAAUGCUCAUGUACUGCAGAAGAAUCUUAAGAAGAAAUGCCCCAAUGACACUAACUCCAGGGUGUCCAAUAGCAAUGCCCAUGUGAAUGGUAUCGACAAGAAUCAGCACAGUGGCAAGACGAAAGCGUAAAGAAAAAAUCUCAGCCCAAUUUUUUUUUGUAGCAGAGUUGGGAGCCGGAUGUCGCAAAGGUAAAAUUCAUUUUCUUCUAUCUCCUCUCCACAUUUCUCUCUCUUCCCUUUUAUUCCACUUUUUCACAAACAUCUCCUCGACACAUGAGACGUUUCUUUCUCCCAGCAUCCAACGCCUGGAUUUAGGUUUAUUUUACAUUUUUUUCUUUUUGAAAAUAAAUUUUUUGUAAAUGUCUGGAUUGCCAAUCGAUGGUUAAUCUUUUCCUCAACCACUACCCCUUCCUCUCCCCCCAAAAAAAAGAAAGAAGACAAAAGAAAUCUCUUGUCUCUCUUGAAGAGAAAGACAUGGGCAAAAAAACACCAAAAUUUAGGAAGUAAUCUUACAAUUUUUGUUUUGAAUUAAGAUUGGAUAUUAAUUAAAGAAAGAAAAAAAAUUGAAAUGGAUAUCAAGUGAGAAAAAAAAAUUAGGUGAGGUGUUUCUAGGAAUUUUGAUGGAUAAAGAAAUAACAACGUAUUAACCAAUAUAAUAUUCUUUAUUAUAAUAUUAAAAUACCAUCGGAAAAA